AUGAAUCGCAGCCGUACUAGCAGCACCUCCGAAAAGGCGACACUGGCCUUGCUCUGGGGCUGUGAGCUGAGCCAGGAGAAGCCGACUUGGACCUUCAGACCCCAGAAGGUGGGGAAGCAGGACUGUAUGCUGCUGCUUAGUACGAUUUGCCUGGGGGAGAAAGCCAAAGAGGAGAUGAACCUCGUGGAGAUCCUGCCCCCAGCAAGCCAGGACGACAGAAAGAGGAAGCCCAUCACCCUGGCCUCUCUUCGGGCCUCCGUCCUCCCCAUGGUCGUCCUGGCGGGAUUGGAGCUUUCUCCUCCUGUCACAUUCCAGCUCCGGGCUGGCUCUGGACCCGUGUUCCUCUGUGGCCAGGAAUGUUAUGACCAAUCCUGGGAGGAGGAGGAGGAGGAGGAGGAAGGUGAUGACGACGAAGACACAGAUGUGUCCCUGGAGAAGGAGACCCCUGUCAAACCAGUCAAGAGGCUGGCGCCCCAGAAGCACACAAGCGUUGCCAAGAAAAAAAAGGUGGAAAAAGAGGAGGUGGCAGUGAGAUACCAUCCUAAAGACAGGAGCCCUGUGGGAAAGGCCAAAACCACACCCAGACCUAAAAAGCCAGGAUUUAAGAAAGUGCUGAGUCUGAAUGUGAUGGACGUGUUGGGGGUGACACAAGAGCUCCUCACCCCAACUCAACUCUCGGUUGCAGCAGGACCUGGAGGGAAGAGCCCCGACCUCUCAGACCCACAAUAA